UUCAAGGCCCAAAAAAACAUGUCUUUUGAUAACACAACUAUUAUUAUUUAUUAAUAUUUAAUUGCAUGAAUUUGAGUGUCUAAAUAUAAAGAUUAAUGAAAUUAUGAAUUUAUAUGUUUAAUUAAUAAAUUAUCAGCUGACAAUAUCGCCGAAAAGUUGUAAUUAAAAUGGUGUUUUUAACACGUUUUUUAGGUUAUGCCGCAAAAGAAAUAAAACAAAAGGCACCAAGAAAAUAUCUUCGAAGAGGAUUUCUUGAUUCAUUUACUUUACAAGUAAAAGCAGGAACAGGAGGUUGUGGAUUACCAAAAUAUGGAGGUAUUGGUGGUCGUGGUGGUAAUAUUUAUGUUGUUGGAACAGAGGGUGCGUCUUUAAUUGGAUUAAAAAAAUAUAAAGAUAAAAAAAUUAGUGGUGAAAAUGGAGGUAAUAGUUUAGCAAGAGGACUCAUUGGAGCACCAGGCAAAGAUUUAGAAAUUCCAGUGCCUCGAGGUGUUACUGUUUAUGAUGCCAACAAUGCUGUCAUUGGUGAAGUUGACCAAGACAAUUCAAAACUUUUAGUUGCCUCAGGUGGUAUUGGUGGCUGUGAGACAACUGGUUUUAGUGGACAAAAAGGACAACAUCGUAAAAUUGUAUUGGAUCUUAAAUUAAUUGCUGAUGUUGCACUUGUUGGUUUUCCAAAUGCUGGUAAAAGUACAAUGUUAAAAACAUUUUCAAAUGCUAAACCAAAAGUUGCUGAUUAUCCUUUUACAACAGUUAAACCACAUCUUGGCACUGUUACUUAUGAUGAUUUACGACAAAUAACAAUUGCUGAUUUACCAGGUUUAAUUGAAGGUGCACAUAUUAAUAUUGGAAUGGGUCAUAAAUUUUUAAAACAUCUUGACAGAACAAAACUGUUGGUAUUUGUUGUUGAUAUUCAAGGCUUUCGUUUAUCAGUUAGACAUAGUUUUAGAAAUUGUCUAGAAACAGUUGUAUUACUAAACAAAGAGUUAGAAUUAUAUAAACCAGAUUUAUUAAAUAUGCAUUCAAUUCUUAUCAUCAAUAAAAUGGAUACACCAGAUGCUGAUAAAAAAUUCAAAGAAAUUGAAUCAUCAUUGCAUGAUUUACCAAGUAUUUUAGAUAAAAUGCCAGAAGAAAUGAGACCAGAUGUGCCACUACAUUUUAAUGAAAUAAUAACUGCAUCAUUGAAAUCAAAUAAUCCAGAUGAAAUUAAUAAAAUUAAAGAACGUAUUAGAAUUAAUUUGGACAAACAAGCUGAAGAAGAAUUUGAAAAACAACAAGGAACUACAAUGACUAAAAUUGAAACUGAUUUAUAUGAAAAAAUUAAACGUCAUAAUACGAGAGUUGCUCCAACUUUAGUUUAAAUUAAUAAUAAUUUGUUGUAUAUAUAUUUU